GAAACGCAACAAGAGCUGCGUUCCGAAAGGGGCAGCCUCCCAUGCUCCCGUCUCUCCCUGCUCUUUUCCCCUCCCUCUCUUCAGCCUUCUUCGGCCGGCCUCCACCUUUGACGCCGGCGAGUGCAAAGCUCCAAUAGAUCGACGACGCCUCCCCCAGCAGACCAAAACAGUAGCAGCGAAGGACUGAAUUUUUCAGUUGAACUACUCCCCACUGUCAAACAAUCUCAAAUACAGGGGUUAGUCUUAAGAUGACUCAACCAUCAGUGAUCCUUGCAACAGCUAGCUAUGAUCACACCAUUAGAUUUUGGGAGGCAAAAAGUGGCCGGUGCUACCGUACAAUCCAGUACCCUGAUUCACAAGUUAAUCGACUUGAAAUAAACCCCGAUAAACGCUUCUUGGCUGCAGCUGGUAAUCCUCACAUUCGGCUGUUUGAUGUCAACUCCAACAGUGCUCAACCAGUCAGGAGUUAUGAUUCACAUACAAAUAAUGUCAUGGCAGUGGGAUUUCAAUGUGAUGGAAACUGGAUGUAUUCAGGAUCUGAGGAUGGCACAGUAAGGAUUUGGGAUUUGAGAGCACCAGGUUGUCAAAGGGAGUAUGAAAGUCGUGCAGCUGUUAACACUGUUGUGCUACACCCAAAUCAGACUGAACUGAUAUCUGGGGACCAAAAUGGGAACAUUCGUGUGUGGGAUUUGACAGCAAAUUCAUGCAGCUGUGAAUUGGUACCAGAGGUGGAUACAGCUGUAAGGUCUCUAACGGUUAUGUGGGAUGGGAGCUUGGUAGUUGCUGCAAACAAUCGUGGAACAUGUUAUGUUUGGCGCCUAUUGCGAGGGUCGCAGACUAUGACCAACUUUGAGCCGCUUCAUAAGCUACAAGCACAUGAUGGAUACAUUCUCAAAUGUCUCCUUUCGCCUGAGUUUUGUGAGCCCCACAGAUAUCUGGCAACUGCAUCUUCUGAUCACACUGUCAAGAUAUGGAAUGUUGAUGGGUUUACAUUAGAGAAAACUUUAAUAGGUCAUCAACGGUGGGUAUGGGAUUGUGUUUUUUCGGUAGAUGGUGCCUACCUAAUAACAGCUUCUUCUGAUACAACAGCAAGGCUUUGGUCCAUGUCUACUGGGGAAGACAUUAGAGUGUAUCAAGGUCAUCAUAAAGCAACUGUUUGUUGUGCUCUGCAUGAUGGGGCAGAACCCUCUUCAGCUUGAAUCUCAAAUUUUUAUUUUAUUUAAUUGGUUGUGUACUUUAUCGGUGCGGUGAACAUGUUCAUGUUCAAUAUGCAAAGUGUCUUGUGGGUUUGUGGAAAACUUUUGAACAGUAGUGUUGUUCUAGCCGGCAGAAGUUAUUGUUUUAGAUUUCCCUUUUACUGCAACCAUUAAUCACAUCAAUUGAAAUUAUAGCCUGUGGAACA